CCGGUUAACGAGUCUCGUUGUUUUCUCUUACCUGUCUGUGUGGGUUUCUGCUGAAAAUAUAUGGAAUAGAAAUCUUCGUGAAGAAACUUGUGUGGAGAAAGUAAGAUCAACAUGAUCUUUAGUGCUUUUCUACUAAAUUGUUUCGAUUAAAGUUUUCCUGACAAUUUCCUUUAAAAAUCAUGUCUUUGCCCCCAGCAUUGAAAUUAAUCAAGAUAAAAAGCGGUGUUGUAAAAAGAAUAACAAAAGAAGUAUAUUAUUAUGAAAAAGAAGUCAUAAGAGAAAAAGAAAGGUUAUCAAAAUUGGAAAAUGAAGGCAAAGAUGAAUAUACUUUAAAGCAACAAGAAGAAGUAAUCCGUGAAUCUGCUCGUAUGGUGCCACAUUGUAUGAAUGAACUUCAAACUGCAUAUAUGGAACUGAAAGCUUUACUGGAAUCAGAAACUCAUUUGUGUGAAUCAGAAGAAUAUCAAACUGCCAAUGUCAUUCUUAAUGAUGCCGGAGUUUUGCUGGCCCAGUGACUCGAAGUAAAAAUAUCAAAAGUAAAAUUAAAUAAUUCAAGAAUAGGGAUUGGAAACAGUGGAUGUGCCUAUUUUUUUCAAACUGCUCUUUAUUUUAUGGAGAUUUAAGCAUCUUGUGGUCUCAUAAGUUAGUAUUAAAAGCGAAGUCUGUAUAAACAUCUUUCUUUAUAACUUUUCUGGGGAAUAAUAAAGGGGAGACUGUUAAAUAAUUGUCCUAAAAUAAUGUUAGUGUUUUAUGGCCACUGUAUUUUAAAAUACAUUUAAAAGAUGGGUAAUAAAGAAUAUAAAAAAAGAAUCAAGAAACAUUUCUUAGAAAAAUUUUAAUUUGCCGAUUUUUCUCUUUUCAUUAUGUCAUUCUAAAUAUUAUGAAGAAUACUAAUAUCCUGACAGAUAAGCGUACUAUUUUUGAAAUUGUUUCAAAUUUUCCUUCUUUUGAAUCCUUUUUGAAAAUUUUGAGAGUUCCCCCCCCCUUUUUAAAUGGUUUAUUUUUAACUUUCAAUUACAUGAUUUUUAAUUUUGAGAGAUCACUGUCAGUUUAAUUCCAAAUAUUUUAAUAAUUAGUUUACAUAAACUUUAAAAAGAAUACUAUUGUCAUAAGCAUUUUUAUUAAUAUCUUCAGUGAUUAAGAAUAUUAAUGUUCUAUAAACACAGAAAUAUAAUUUAUACGAUUCAUUCUAACUAAAUAUCGUUUAAAAUCUGUUUGAAUUUUCAAAUAAUUUAAUAUUUACACAUUGAAGCCACAAAUAUCUA